UCAAAAUAAGAAGAAGACGAAGAAGAUGAUUGAGAAGGAGAAGAGUCAGAACAAGGAAUAGGAAAUGAAAAAGGACCCAUUUUUCCGAAACGCCUCACGCGAUCGGGCGGUUGGUUGAGCAUUUCGCACCCCCUCGUUUUCCAUCCAUCCCUUUUGCGCACACCAACUCCCCCGUCCUUUCUCCUCCUCCUCCGUUUCGCUUCCUCCUUUUAUCAUGAAAAACGAGUUUAUCUGGCCCUCUUCUACGUCCUAUUCUCCCCUGAACGAGGAGGAGGAGGAUGGAGAAGGAGGAGGAAAGGAGAAAGACGGAACAGGGCAACCUUGAGAGUGUUGGAGAUGAAACUCCGAGGCUCUCCUACCGUUGCUCCUUCUCCGGUGCCGGUGGUAGGGUACCGUCUGAACCGGCGGAGCCAGCGGGCAUGAAGACGCCACCGCUUCACGUGCCCGUCUCCGUCCCCUACGCGUGGGAAGAAGUGCCCGGCAAGCCUCGCCCUUUCUUCUCCUUCGCCACCGUUCUUCCCCUCCACCUCCCGCCCUCUGAUGACCAUCCUCUGAACCCACCAUCCAUGACUUUGCCUCCCUCCUCCUCUCAUCCUGUCGCCCAACGCCUUUUUCUCCGCGAAUCCGUCGAGGAAGCGCUGGUGAGCGCAGGCAACAAGAAGACGGCGGAGAGGAUGAUGAAUGGAAAGAAGCGGCCGAGGGACGCGCUCCUGCACCUACAAAUUUCCGGCAUCACCCGAUUACUGGAAAAGAUGUGCAUGGCGCCUAAGAGGAGACGGACAGUGUGAAGGGGAAGGAGCAAAAUAUAUCGCCUGUGUAGGCUUUGGAUUGUCAAUUACUCAAUUGUGUUCAAACGUCCUAGUGGAACUCAUUUCUGAUCCUUUAUCGGUUUUAGAGACUAAACAGAUUCAAAAUAUGAAUCUUCAAACUCGAAUUUGUUCUUGUGCUGUAUAUGAGUCCGGAUAUAAUGGAGUUAUGACUCUCGU